AUGGCUCCGCAGUGGCUAUCCGAUCAAUUCACCGCGAUGCGCUUGUCCUUCAUGGACUCCGCGCUACCGGGACUCAAAGUUAUCUGUGGUUUCGGCAGUCCUCUGAGAAGACUCGCUUGGUUUCUGGUGUUCUUAGCGUUGCUGGCGCUGACCAUAAACGACAUCGUUAAUCUGGCAGUGGAAUACUACAAGUAUCCGGACAGCUUGAACAUCAAGUACGAGGAGCCUGAGGGUGGAGAAGAUAUGCCAAUGCCUGCAGUCACGGUGUGCAACCUGAAUCCGUACAAGUGGCAUGACUUCUGUAAGAAGCUGGAACUGCUCCUCGGUUCUAGUCAGGUACUCAUCCAGAAUACGACCUACGUCCAAAUGGUACGACUGCAGAAAGAUUACUGCAAGACUGGACUCACAGAGGAUGUUCGCAUACCGGUGUGGAAUCUGACCCGAAAUCACUUGAUCCUCAUGCAUUUUUUCACCGAGUGGUCCGGAGCCCUCCAAAGGAACCCGUCGACCGAGGAAGACAUGAGCAGUAUCUCGCACGGCUUGCAGGACAUGGUCGAGUUGGCUUCGUUCGACGACGCAUGCGACAUUUUCCCAGGGAACGACACCAAAGAGCAAUGUCGCGUAGAAAGAGAACUGCUAGAGCCAACUCCGAAGAUGUACCCGCGAUAUGGGAAAUGCUUGUGUUUCUUCUGCAAUCACACGACGGACCCGAAAAAAAUAGUGAGGAUGGCUGACUUCGACGGACCCCAUAAAGGGCUGAUGCUCGUGCUCAAAGUCGGCGAUAAUGAAUAUCUGCCCUUCAUCGUCGAGGCCGGUUUCGUGAUCGCGAUCCAUGACCAGGGAGUCGAGGUCGAUUUCACGAAAGACGGGGUUUUCAUACAACCGCUGACCACAACCUACAUUGGCGUGUCCCGACGGGUCCUGAAAAGGCUCGCGGAACCCUAUCAGAAUCCCUGCAGGUCGGAUUGGCCCCCUUACUUGAAACGCCUCGUCGAGGAUACUAAGAAGUACACGGCCUCAGAGUGCCGCGAAGUGUGCGCUCAAUAUCUGAUUCAAACGACUUUGAAUUGCACCUCACUCGCAUAUCCAAUUUCGCGCGUCAAGGAUGGCGACGGGUAUAAGGACUUCAGACUGCAAACUUGCGGUCCAAGUUUCGACGAGGGUAUGAGUCAUAUCAGGAGAGGAAUGUAUUAUCGAACGGUCGAUUGCGAUUGCAAAAAUGUUUGCGAAGAAACAAACUUCGACAAAACGACCUCAUCGCUCUCGUGGCAUCCUAUCGUGCAAGCCCAGUCUAUGGAGGACAAGGACGGAACCUCCAUGGCCCAGGUGUACGUUUACAUGCAGUCGAAUUUGAUCAGCAAUAGAACGAAGGUGGGCAAAAUGGAUGUCCGCGAAUUCGUCUCAGGCAUCGGCAGCAUCAUGGGCAUGUACUUGGGAUACUCUUUCUUGUUCUGCUGGAAUAUCUUGGAUGUCCUCGGUCUCCGCUUAUUGUUCGUCGACUCGGCGCUACCAGGGCUGAAAGUGAUCUGUGGUUUCGGGAGUCCUGCGCGUCGGGCAGCUUGGCUUUUGGUUUUCCUGGCCCUGUUCGGACUCACGAUCCGUGAUAUCAUAAACCUCGCAACAGAUUUCUAUAGAUAUCCAGACAGUCUUAACAUCAAGUACGAAGAGCCGGAGGGGGGUCUCCAGAUGCCCAUGCCCGCCAUCACUGUGUGCAGUCUGAACCCCUACAAAUGGGAUCUGUUUUGCAAGGAUAUCGAUGAACUUCUAAAACUGAGCGUGAGCUUGGUAUCCGAAGAGACUCAGGCCAAUUUGACGGCUAUGAGGAUUCGAUUCUGCCCAGAGGAUGGAGAACUUGACAACAGCGAUAGGCUCCCAGUCUGGAAUCUGACUGAGGAGUACAUGGGACACAUGCAGGAGUUCACCGAAUGGUCUCUCGCUCUGCAGCGGAGCAGCGCCUCAGCCGACAAAAUGGAGAACCUCACCAGCUGCGCCUCGGAGACGAUAAAGCUCGCGACGUUCGAUGGCGGAUUCUUGACCGAAUGUGAUUCCUCAAAGGAGAAUAAGACCGAUGCUGAAAGAGAGAACUGCAGGAAAAAGGCUCGUCACAAUCCGGAACCAUCUGGAAGAAUGUUUCCGCGCUACGGGCGUUGUUUCUGUUUCUUCUGCAACUAUACUAAAAACGAGAGUGAGAAGAUCCGGCAAGACAGUUUCGACGGUCCUCAGAACGGACUUUUGCUUGUCUUGCGAGUUGCUGAAGAAUCUUAUCUGCCAUUCAUCGUGGAGGCGGGAUUCAUCGUAGCCAUUCAUGAUCAAGGAGUAGAAGUAGAUUUCACCAAGGACGGCGUUUUCGUUCAGCCGUUGACCACCACCUUCAUCGGCGUGCAAAGGCGUAUUCUGCAUCGGCUCCCGGAACCAUACCAGAAUCCGUGCCGACCCGACUGGCCCCCUUAUUUGAUCGACAUUGUCGGGGACUCGAAUAAGUACACCGUAUUCCAAUGCCGAGACUAUUGUCAUCAGUUCUGGAUACAAAAGGAGGUGCGGUGCACUUCUCUGAAACGAUUCAUCCUAAAAGUUAAGAACGAGUCGUCUCCUACCGGGUUCUCCGAGAAUCGUUUGCGAGAAUGUAAGCGGCAAGAUUUGCCCGCGGUCAGAAAAGUGGAACUUGCUAUCAAGAACAGAGAGAUCGAUUGUGAAUGUAAAAGCGUUUGCGGAGAAACCACGUUCGAUAAAUCGAUUUCGUCGCUCGCCUGGCAUCCCCAAAGCCAGCUGGAAUCUGAGGAGAACGCCACGGCUGGAACAGCUUCGAAGGUCUAUGUGUACAUGCAAUCAAACCUGAUGAACAACCGGACGAAAGUUCCUAAGAUAAACACACGUGAGUUCGUAUCCGGGAUAGGGAGUAUCAUGGGCAUGUAUCUUGGAUACUCUUUCCUUUUCUGCUUCAACAUCCUAGAUGUCCUCGGUCGGGGCGCUCUAGAUACCUACCAUGCCUACCGGAGAGAGCAGAAGAGAAGGCUCAUACAGGCGAGCCAAUAG